CAGAGGAUGGAGCUCGAAUGGAGAGAACGGUCGCGCUCCUCAGAAUAUAGAAUAACGGAACACAUUUUAGAUAUGCAGGGACUCAUGUGUUUAGAGCUUGUUUUCCCAAAUUAGAUGCAACCAUAUUCAGUGUGACUUGAAUGGAAAAUAAGUAGCCCUGUCGUAGGCUAUUCGUAGGCUGUGCUAUUUAUUUUUGGUCCAUAUUUCAAUUGACAGCUGUUCCAAAUAGCACUAUUUUUGAUAUUUGAGAUGUAGGCUAAUUAUUAGACAGGCAGGUAGGCUACAAUUCCACUCGAGCUGCCGUCUUCCUCAAACGAACGACUCCACACUUGGAUUACACAGCAGAGGGAGGAAGGAACGCUGUCGACAGAGUCCAAACUCUACUCAGCCUCUCCCAAGUUAUUUUGGUUCCCAGACCGUGAUUUCGGCACCCCCGGAUAAAAAAAAAAAUCUGUUUUGGAAUGUAAAGCCAUCUGCCCAAUGCUUGAUAUCAGCGGUAUUGUUGAGAUACUUGGCUUUCGGUUGUUUUGCAUGAGUUGAAUGUUCAUGUUUAGUAGGCCUAUGGGGUUAUUUUAAAAAACAUAUUUAACUUCUAUUGAGAUAUUCCCCGGCUAUACGGAUACUCCUAAUAAUGUAGGCAUGUGGCAGAGACUGCCUUGAUAUCAUCUUUGAUAUCAUAAGUGUUUAUGCCUUUGUCAUAUUUUUGGGAGAGGAAACGCCCCUUCAACGCACCCCCUCUCUUCCUCUCUGCCACCCACUCACCCAGCUCGUCCGUCAUUUUUUGAAGGUGAACAGUGUUUGUUAGGUUCCACACGGCGGCUCAGUGCUCAGCACUCAGGCAGGAUGUUCGUCUCGGUGUGGUAUGCCAAAAAAAUGGGUCGGCGAUUCAUCGACAACGUCCGGAAAGCCAAGAAGCAUCCGCACCAUAUAAUGGGAAAUUCUCCUCCAGUGAUGGUGAACACUGACACACUUGACGGCUCCCCCUACGUCAACGGGACAGAGGGGGAAAUUGAGUAUGAAGAGAUUACACUGGAAAGAGGUAACUCAGGCCUGGGCUUCAGUAUAGCUGGGGGGACAGAUAACCCUCAUGUUGGUGAUGACCCCAGCAUCUUCAUCACCAAGAUCAUCCCUGGAGGAGCUGCGGCCCAGGACGGACGGCUGAGUGUGAAUGACAGUAUCCUGUUUGUAAAUGAUGUUGAUGUGAGGGAGGUGACCCACAGUCUGGCUGUAGAAGCUCUGAAGGAGGCGGGGGCCAUCGUCCGCCUCUACGUGCUGCGCAGGAAACCAGCCGCAGAGAAAGUUACAGAGAUCAAACUCAUCAAAGGGCCCAAAGGUUUAGGUUUCAGCAUCGCUGGAGGAGUGGGUAACCAGCACAUUCCAGGAGACAACAGCAUCUAUGUCACUAAGAUCAUCGAGGGUGGAGCUGCUCACAAGGAUCAGCGGCUGCAGAUAGGGGAUAAGAUACUGGCGGUGAACAGUGUGUGUCUGGAGGACGUAAUGCACGAGGAUGCAGUGGGAGCCCUGAAGAACACAGCCGAGGUGGUUUACCUCAGGGUUGCCAAGCCUAACAACCUCUACCUGAACUCCUACAACCCGCCAGACCUUACCAGCACAUACUCCCCUCACAUGGACACAGAUCUUGGCCCCACCUACCUUGGAUCAGAUUACCCACAAGCUCUCACUCCCACCUCGCCCAGUCGCUUCUCUCCGGUGUUGCACAGCUUGAUGGGGGAUGAAGACCUUCCCAGUCUCCUCCUUCCCCUCCAUUUCUCCUCGUCUCUCCCUGACCCCCCGUCCCUCUCCCUCUUCCCUGCUCUCUCUGUCAGGGAGCCUAGGAGAGUGCUGAUCCACCGGGGUUCUACAGGCCUGGGUUUUAACAUCGUGGGAGGAGAGGAUGGAGAGGGAAUCUUUAUCUCCUUCAUCCUGGCAGGGGGGCCUGCCGACCUCAGCGGAGAGCUGCGCAAGGGCGACCAGAUCCUCAGCGUAAAUGGAGUGGACCUGCGUAUCGCCACCCAUGAGCAGGCUGCUGCAGCCCUGAAGAACGCUGGCCAGACUGUCACCAUCAUUGCCCAGUACAGACCAGAGGAAUACAGCCGUUUCGAAGCGAAGAUCCACGACCUGAGGGAACAGCUGAUGAACAGCAGCAUGGGAUCUGGUCAGACAACACUGAGGAGCAACCCCAAGAGAGGCUUCUACAUCAGGGCCCUGUUUGACUAUGAUAAGACAGCAGACUGUGGUUUCCUGAGCCAGGCGGUGGGCUUCAGGUUUGGUGACGUGCUCCAUGUCCUGGACUCUGGUGAUGAGUGGUGGCAGGCCAGACUGGUCAGUCCUCCGACAGAAGCUGAGGAGGUCGGCUUUAUUCCCAGCAAACGCAGGGUAGAAAGGAAAGAGUGGUCUCGCAUGGGCACAAAAGAAAGGGAUCGCAGUCGAGACAGCCUCGGGUCUCAAGGGAGGGAUGAUUCUCAACACAGCUAUGAAACAGUCACACAAGUGGAGGUCCAUUAUGCCAGGCCCAUCAUCAUAUUGGGUCCUAUAAAGGACAGGGUAAAUGAUGACCUGCUGUCGGAGUUCCCUGACAAGUUUGGAUCUUGUGUCCCUCACACCACACGGCCCAAGCGUGAGUACGAGGUGGACGGGCGGGACUACCACUUUGUGUCGUCGCGGGAACAAAUGGAGAAGGACAUCCAGAGCCACCGUUUCAUCGAGGCGGGCCAGUACAACAGCCACCUGUACGGCACCAGCGUUCAGAGUGUUCGCCAGGUGGCAGAGCAGCAAGGAAAACACUGUAUACUGGACGUGUCGGCCAAUGCUGUCCGCAGACUACAGGCCGCUCAGCUUCACCCCGUUGCCAUCUUUGUCCGGCCCAAGUCACUGGAGAAUGUCCUAGAGAUCAACACUCGACUGACAGAAGAGCAGGCCAGAAAGGGCCUGGACCGUGCUCUCAAACUGGAACAGGACUUUCUAGAGUGUUUCUCAGCUGUGGUGGAAGGAGACAGCUUCGAGGAGGUUUACCACAAGGUGAAGACGGUGAUCGAGGAGCAGUCGGGGCCUUACAUCUGGAUCCCCACCCGGGAGAGGCUGUGAGGCUGCCCCAUAACCCACCCCCAUCCCCCCAACCACCCUCAGACAGUCUGCCCUCAAGCCCAACCAGGGCAGAGAGAAAGACACAGAGAAAGACAGACAGAGGGACACGUGAAGAUAGAGACAGGAGGGGAAACAUAAUCACACAGAGAGAGAGAGACACAGAAUAACACUAAAAGAGACACAGAGAGAUAGACAUGGUAUUUAAUACAUAUGAAUAUAUGAUCAAUGUGUGGUGAGUACUGAGAAGGACAGGACAGGGGUGACCCAGUUGGGCGGGGCAGGGUUGCGUCCCCGGAUUAGCACAGGGUAAAUGAUCCACCAUCUCUCCCUCUCCUUCUCUCUGUCUCAUUGGCUGCCUUUGACAUCCCCGCUGACAAGGUGGCAAAACCAUCAGCAUCCAUCUGAUCCUUCCUUUUUUAUAUCCCUUAGCCUUCUCUCCUCCUCCUGUCUCCCCUCUCCUUUCAGGACAUGAAAAGGAGGGAGAGAGAGAGAAGGAGAGUGCAUAGACUAUGGAAGGACACACAGAUCCUAUUGGGUCCCUCUAAUCUAGAGGAGGCUCUUUUCUAGCGAAGAGGCUUUGCUCUAUGAACAACAUCCCACUAACCAAGACAGGCAUUUGCUCAAUCACCCACGAAAAGCAUUGCAAGAACAUUCUUAAAAAGCAGCACAAAUGGAAACUCAGAAGUUGAACUUGUGCAUGCGUCCUCAGAGGACUCAGAGAUGGGAGUUGAGGAAAAUGACGGAUAUUAUGAAGACCCUAUAGAGAAGAAGAAGAAUGGCCACCCGUCUUUCUGUUUUUCCCUCCUUUUUGAUGGUGGGAGGUUUUUAGCAUGUCUCUACAGAGAGAGGAGCAGAGCGGUGCAGACAGGGAAAGAGGGGGGUGUCUUUCUUGUGUGCAAACUCACUGUGUGCAUUGACAAUGGAAGACCUCACAGUAUAACCACUGGGUCUCUUCUGUACCGCACACACAGUCAGCCGUACAGUAGUACCAUUCUAAUCCACCUGGCUGUUCUCCAAAAGCACUGGUUGUUCUGCCUGUUUGCAACAGGCAGGCAGAUCCCAGGCUGAAUGUUCUCUUAAUGCACAACAGCAGAAUUCUUAUGUUCAGCUCUUUAGUGUGAAGAGCACCGCAGCCAAUUCUCUGAUCACUCUUCCAAAAAGACCCCCCAACAACCCACACACAGUGUUCUCACUGGCCGCUCUGAGCAGUGGUGUGUGUGUGUGUGUGUGUGUGUGUGUGUGUGUGUGUGUGUGUGUGUGUGUGUGUGUGUGUGUGUCUUCCUCCCGACCACUCUUUCUCUGCCUCUUUCUUUCUUUCGCUCUAUGUUUCGUCACACAUGAAGGCUACUUAUAUAUAACAUGUUUAACAGACAAAAUGGCCUAUAUAAAUAUAUAUUUUUAAUGACGAUUUCUAACAGGAGUUGGAGACUGUAAAAUGUAAAUCUCUUCAACAAUUUUCCAUUGCUUUCUUUGGGUAAUGUUUCUCUUGUGUUUGGUGAUUUGUUUUGGUCAUUGACUUUGCUUGAUUUCCCCUCCACACAACACAGUCCUGACAAACAAACACACAAACAAACACAUAAUAGCUGAACUAUACCUGAGAAAUACCUGAGCUAUAACUGGACUAUACCUGAGCUGUACCUGAGCUGUACCUGAGCUAUACCUGAGCUAUACCUGAGCUAUAACUGAGCUGUACCUGAGCUGUACCUGAGCUAUACCUGAGCUAUACCUGAGCUAUACCUGAGCUAUACCUGGACUAUACCUGAGCUGUACCUGAGCUAUACCUGAGCUAUACCUGAGCUAUAACUGGACUAUAACUGAGAUGUAACUGAGCUAUAACUGACCUAUAACUGACCUAUAACUGAGCUAUAACUGAGCUAUAACAGAGAUAUAACUGACCUAUAACUGAGCUAUAACUGGACUAUAACUGAGAUGUAACUGAGCUAUAACUGACCUAUAACUGACCUAUAACUGAGCUAUAACUGAGAUAUAACUGAGCUAUAACUGAGCUAUAACAGAGAUAUAACUGACCUAUAACUGAGCUAUAACAGAGAUAUAACUGAACUAUAACUGAGAUGUAACUGAGCUAUAACUGAGAUAUAACUGAGAUAUAACUGAGAUAUAACUGAGCUAUAACUGUAACUGAGCUAUAACUGAGCUAUAACUGAAAUAUAACUGAGAUGUAACUGAACUAUAACUGAGAUAUAACCGGACGAUAACUGAGAUGUAACUGAACUAUAACUGAGAUAUAACUGAGCUAUAACUGGGCUAUAACUGAGAUAUAACUGUAACUGAGCUAUAACUGAGCUAUAACUGAGCUAUAACUGAGCUAUAACUGAGCUAUAACUGAGCUAUAACUGUAACUGAGCUAUAACUGAGCUAUAACAGAGAUGUAACUGAACUAUAACUGAAAUAUAACUGAGAUGUAACAGAUGUAACUGAGAUGUAACUGAGAUGUAACUGGACUAUAACUGAGAUGUAACUGAGAUGUAACUGAGAUGUAACUGAGAUAUAACUGAGCCUCAAUUAUUUAUAUCCAGUUACACAUCUCACUUCCUGGUUGGAGGUGCAGUAUAUAAUACAGUAAUAUUGGAUGGGAUAAAAAAGAUGGUGUGUGUUGUAUGUGGGUGGUUGUGCAACUGUGAGUGUCUGUGUGUGUGUUCUUGCUCGUGUGUGUGAGUGCCAGGCUCUUGAGAUUUAGUGCAAUGGUGUAAUGAUGAUGAUAUGCAAUGAGAGUGGGUUUGUGUGUCUUUAAAAUAUAUACAAGCCUAGUAAUAAUUUGCACUGAUAGCAUUAAUACAGGUAUUGAAUACAACAUGAAUUCCACACUAGUUUGCAUUUAUUUAGACAUUUGUUUAGAACUUUUGAUUUGAUGUUUAAAAGAAUGAAGUUACAGGUGGAAAUGACCGUUCAUAUUUAUUCUUCCUUUAUUUUGUCUCACUUGCUUUCCCCAGUGUGAGAUGGAAAGUGUUCAUGUUUGGAUUGAUUAUUUAUUGUUAACUGCUCUCGCUCUUUCAGUUUUACUCACUUAGAAGUCUGUAUAUUUUAUUGUAUACUUUUUUGUUGUUGCACAUUCUCAGUUUUGGGGGACUGGCCAGAACUAUUGUAAAUACAAAGAUGUUGGGGUCGUGUGGGGCGUGGGACUCUGGCCAUGCACACUGCUGAUUGGACAUUAGAGAAACCAUCAGAGCCUCAGCACUGGGACCUGAGCCCACAGCCCUGCAACAACCUCUAAUACACAGGAACACGUCACUUUGGGUGGGUCACACACACACAUAUAUGCACACAGACAUGCACACACACACAUGCAGACACGCACACAAGAACAAAAAUUCUACAUGAAUGGAAUAAUAUGCUAUCAAUUUGUUUAUUUGAAAAAUCUAAUGUAUUUCUUAUUCUCUGUUUGUCAUCCAUAUCAUAGUGUGAUACUCCUAAACAAAAUAUAUAUUCAUUUUUACUGAAAAGACUGAUGAUAAAUUACGACAAAGUCAACUGAUGCUGAAAAUAUGUUUAAAAUUAUUUAUCUUGCAAAAGAUAACAAUAUCAAGCAAACGAAUAUGUUUCAUUUCAGUGAAUUGCUUGUUGUAAAUGAGCUAUAAAAACAAUACAAUAAUUAAAAUAAGCUUUCUGAAAAAAA